AUGCGGAUGGACGGGUCCUUCCUCUUCGGCCGCUCCGUCCUCCUCGACGCCGCGUCGCGCCCCGUGCUCACCGUGCAGCGCCGGCCGUCCCUGUUCGAGGUCCGCCGGACGUGGAAGGCGUUCCAGGGGGGCAGCACGAGCUCCAAGGACCUGCUCUUCUCCGCCGUCGUGCGGCCUUCGCUGACCAACACGGGAGACAUCCACGUGCACCUCGACGGCGAGAGGCGCCGCGACUUCGUCGGCGUCCGCCCCUGGUACCGCGGGACUGACUGCGCCGUCACCCACGCCGGCGCCACCGUUGCCCAGAUCGAAAGCUCGGGGGGAUUCUUGUGUCCGACUAAGUAUGACGUCCGUGUCAACGAAGGCGUCGACCAUGCUUUCGUCCUGGGGCUAACCGUGGUUCUGGAGGGGAUACGGCUCGACGACGCUGAAGAGGAGAGAUGUUUUGCUCCAGCUUCCCAAUCAGUUGGCCAAAUUGGAUAA